CAAAACGCGCUCGCCCACCGCUUCCCAGUCAUCGAGAGAGUCGGGGAACCGCAGCGAGCGUCCGAGGCGGUGUGGGAUUUACAGUCGCUCGGAAAGGACCGACACUCGAGACGCAUCCUCCCUCCCGCCCCCCCCGCAUACACACACAAACACAAACCGCAGGAGCGAUCGACCAGCGCGGCCAUGAUCCCGCACUUAACCGGGCGUUUGAGGAUGCUGCUGCUGGCGGCGGCUCUCGUCCUCGCCCCGCUCUGCCGGGCUCUGGAGGUUCCAACUGAUGGAGGUGCCGGACUGUUGGCAGCAGAACCCCAAAUUGCCAUGUUCUGUGGCAAGCUAAACAUGCACGUGAAUGUACAGACUGGCAAAUGGGUCUCUGAUCCUUCUGGAACAAACAGCUGCUUUGGCACAAAAGAAGGAAUAUUGCAAUACUGUCAAGAGGUUUAUCCAGACUUGCAGAUCACCAACGUCGUUGAGGCUAACCAACCUCUCACCAUCCAGAAUUGGUGCAAGAAGGGACGUAAACAAUGUAAAGGCCACCCACACAUCGUGGUUCCUUACAGAUGUUUGGUUGGUGAAUUCGUAAGUGAUGCACUCCUUGUUCCUGACAAGUGCAAGUUCCUGCACCGGGAGAAGAUGAACACCUGUGAGAGCCAUCUGUAUUGGCACACAGUUGCAAAAGAGACCUGCGGUGACAAGAUCAUGAACCUCCAUGACUAUGGAAUGCUGCUGCCAUGCGGAAUUGACGAAUUUCGUGGCGUAGAAUUUGUUUGCUGCCCCAUUCCUGAAGAAAAUGAUAAGAUCGACUCAGACAUUGAUGAAGAAGAUUCGGAUGUCUGGUGGGGAGGCGAUGAUGCAGAUUAUGCGGACGGCGGUGACAAAGUAACUGAAGAGCAGCCUGUAGAGGAGGAGGAGGAAGAGGAAAGCGAUAUUGAUGAUGAGGAUGACAACGACCUUGAUGAUGAAGUUGAGGAUCAGUAUGAGGAUCCAACCGAGCAUACAACCAGCAGCACCACCACUACCACAGAAGCAAUUGAAGAAGUUGUGAGAGAAGUGUGUUCUGAGCAAGCGGAGACUGGGCCUUGUAGAGCUAUGAUGCCUCGGUGGUACUUUGACAUCAGUGAAGGAAAAUGUGCACAGUUCAUUUAUGGCGGCUGCGGAGGAAACAGGAACAAUUUUGAUUCCGAGGAGUACUGUUUGUCCGUCUGUAACAGCGUCAUCCCCACAACAGCUGCCAGCACUCCAGAUGCCGUUGACAAAUAUCUCGAAACACCUGGCGAUGAGAACGAGCAUGCUUAUUUCCAGAAGGCCAAGGAGAGGUUGGAAGCUAAGCAUCGAGAGCGCAUGUCGAAGAUAAUGAGAGAGUGGGAAGAAGCUGAGCGUCAAGCUAAAAAUCUGCCCAAAGCUGACAAAAAAGCUGUCAUUCAGCGUUUCCAGGAGAUGGUGGAAUCACUAGAGCAGGAAGCAGCGAGUGAGAGACAGCAGUUGGUGGAGACCCAUAUGGCAAGAGUGGAGGCCAUGCUGAACGAUAGGCGUCGCAUAGCGCUGGAGAAUUACCUUGCUGCACUCCAAGCCGACCCUCCACGGCCCCGACAUGUACUUAAUGCGCUGAAGAAGUAUAGCCGUGCUGAGCAGAAAGACAGACAGCACACCCUAAAGCACUUCGAACAUGUCCGUAUGGUUGAUCCCGAGAAGGCCGCUCAGAUCAAAUCGCAAGUAAUGACUCACCUGCACGUGAUUGAUGAGCGCAUGAACCAGAGCCUCUCUCUGCUUUACAAGGUUCCAUCAGUGGCAGAAGAGAUCCAGGACGAAGUUGACGAACUGCUACAGAAGGAGCGGAACUACAUGGAUGACAUGAUGGCAAACUCAGUCAGCGACACGCGAAUUAGCUAUGGCAACGACGCCUUGGUCCCCUCCCUCUCUGAGACAAAAACAACAAUAGAACUUCUACCGGAUGACGGGGAGUUCAGUCUGGAUGACCUUCAACCUCCACACCCUUUUGUCAUUGACUCCAUCCCUGCUAACACAGAGAAUGAAGUUGAACCAGUUGACGCACGGCCAGCGCCAGACAGAGGACUUACCACUCGACCAGGUUCUGGGCUCACUGGCAUUAAGACAGAGGAAAUCGCUGAGGUAAAGAUGGAAACUGAAUUCCAGCAGGACUCCGGUUACGAGGUACAUCACCAGAAGCUGGUGUUUUUCCCAGAGGACGUUGGAUCAAAUAAAGGAGCUAUCAUUGGUCUCAUGGUUGGAGGUGUUGUCAUAGCAACGGUGAUUGUCAUCACUCUGGUGAUGCUGAAAAAGAAGCAGUAUACAUCUAUCCAUCAUGGGGUUGUUGAGGUCGACGCUGCCGUAACUCCAGAGGAGCGCCACCUCUCCAAGAUGCAGCAGAAUGGGUACGAGAACCCCACCUACAAGUUCUUUGAACAGAUGCAAAACUGAAGAGAGCUCGUCCGAAAACAGUAGUCUGAUCUGCCAAGCUGGACAGCACAUGAUAGCUCGUACCGUGUGGUGUCCUGUUUGCCUGAGACCCUCAGUGUACCAUUACUCUGCUCAUCCUCGCCUUUUUUGAACAGCUGUGCUGUAACACAAGUAGAUGCCUGAACUGGAAGAAGCGAAAAUUAAGAAUCAAAGCGUGUAUUCUUGAUGAGCAUUUUAACUACAUGAUUAUUAAUGAAUGUUUUUUUGUGAAUUGUUAGGAUUUCUCUGUACCUAGUGCAUGACGUGUCUCCUCCCCAGUUGCUAUUUAUCAUGUAGUUUGUUAGCAGGUUGUAUUGUGAUCUUGUGAUUUUUGUGCAGAUUAUGAAGUCCUUUUUAAAUUGCGACACGCUAUUAACAUAUUGUGCUGAAUGAUUGUGAAGGGGUAGGGAUCGUGUAGGCGCUUCUGUCUUGGUCGAUUUAAAGCUGCUUUGCCACUGAGCAGGGUACCACGCUGGUUUGGUAUUUUUAUUUUACUCUGGGAGGGCGGGGCGGGCAGGGGUGAAAAUGACAGCAAGAUGAGAAAUAGCAGGCUUUACUAUGCAGUAAAUCGUAGUGUUAGUGUCAAUGAAUAUUCCAGGUAAUACAUCGGAACAUUUUUUUUUCGUUUUGCAAGAGAACCGCUGACCCUUCUUUGAUGCUGUACAGUGUCCGUGAGCUACAGAAUAAAGAAAAUGGCUGGAUCCUGUGCCUGUGGUUAGUGUGCCAUUUUCCGUGUCAUUCACUUCAGAAUCUUUUACCCGUGUUUAACCUUCAAUCCUUUUUCUGAAUGUAACUGUAUUAGUGAGUCCCUGUAACCUGCAUACUCCCAUGGCAGACGCAGCACCUUCAUGGGGUCAUGCUUGAAACAGAUGUAUAUACUGAGAUGUGCUCUCAGUCAUAAGAUGGGUUGUACAGAUGUAGCUUUAAGAAUGGCUUUCUACAAUGUAUUACAUAAAUAAAUUUAACACGAUUCUUAAUGAA